UCCACUUAGGCAUCAGUUGAGCUUCGUUAUCUGAACACAGCAGCCAUGAGAAUUCUGAGCAUCGUGCUGGUCGUGGCGGUGGCAGCAGCGCUGGUGGCGGCCGUGCCACAGCCGCAGUCGGAAGAAAUCGCGGCGUUCAAAGUCCGCGUUCCGCGCAGCGCGGCCGCCGACGACGAGCAAACGCUUCUCGUGCGCGUCAAACGCCAGUUUGGUUUCCUUUCCGGCGGUCGAGACAGAAACAGCAGAGAAAGAUACGAUAUUUCUACGGAAACUGUGGAUAAUAACCGCAACAAUGACAUGGCUACAGGGACCGCCGUGCUGAUCAAGGCGGGCGUCAUGUCCAUCAUCAUCAAGGCCAUCCUUGCAGCCGUCCUAGGCGGAGGUGCCGCUGGUACGACAACAGUUGCUCCGACGGGAUAAGGAUAUAUCCCUGCAAAUAUAUUUACUUAUAAGAUCAUAGUCUAUUUUACUUUAUCAUCACAAAAUAAAUUUCUAUUAAAGCUAUACAUAUAGUGUCCUGUUCAAUCUAGAGUUUUUUGGAAAACUUCCCGAGACAAAUAUUUUUAUUUUACUUAAUUUGAACAAAGGUCUGUUUUUAAGACUCGUUCAUGCUUGUAUCAAUCACCGCUUCAUUUAUUUAUUUAGUCAUUUUUAUACCUACUAUAAUAUCUUAUUUAAUU